CUCACUCCGUAGACCAGGAUGGCCUUGAAGUUUGAUAUCUGCUGGCUUCUGCCUCCCACGUGCUGGGAUUAAAAAUGUGCACCACCACGCCCUGCUUAACUGAACAUAUCUAAAUUUGCCUUAUAAAUCCUAGGGCUGUAAAAAAAAAACCACUGGAAAUUCAUCUCAGCAUUUCUCAGUCAUCUGGUUGCGUUUUUGUUUUGGAUCUAGUUCAGUAGGCUUCCCUGAGUCUGUCUUGAGGAGUAAUAUCUUUAACUGAAGACAUGACCUGAAUGGUGUACUUCCGAAGUUUGGCCAGCUUGUAAAUCGAUUCUGCAUCAUAACCUGCUGGCCUUCACUCAAGCCUUUCUAGGGCAUUCCUCAGGCCACCAUUUACUGAUAUUGAGAAUUGGUUUUACCGUCAAGACCUCAUUGGCAGGAAAGCAGGGUGCACAUUUGGACAGAAAAGGCAUUCCCGCCUCGCCCCUCCAUUCUGCCGCCUUCUAAUUCCCCAAACAAGCAACCUACACCUUUCUUGCUGAAGAACGCUACAAGUACAGGUGAGAAGCCUCUACACCAACACGGGAUGUCAUCGUAUUCGGUGCCCUCGUGAUUUGUGGUCAGAAGUGAAAUUAUGGUGACACAUGCUUGUAAUCUCAACAUUCUAUAGGCUCAAGCAGGAAGAUCUCCAGUAUGAGGCCAUACUGGAGUAUACAGCAAGGCUCAAGAAAAAGAAAAAAAUGUUAGAAAAGGACUUGCAAUUAGCAGCCGGGCAUGGUGGCGCAUAUCUUUAAUCCCAGUGCUGGGGAGGCUUUAGCGUGUUAAAAACGGCAGGGCAUUUUGUGGGGACGGUCUGUUGCUCCAGAGAAACAGCUUCAUUUACAACCCCAGAUAGCUACAGACCAGGGUUUCUAGAGUUGGCCACCGUUUUAGACCCCAGUACUUACCUGUCUGACAGGCUCCUCUGGCCACAGUCUGGGUGGCCCAGGUGCCAGCUCUUCGCUCCCCGGUGUUUAGACCCGUGGCGAAGAAGCAAUUCAAGGCCAAGCGCCCACACCCUGGAAGAGCAAACUGCGCCCAGCCAGAGCGCCGAGUGCGACUCAGGACCCCGACAUGCUGUCCGCGCCACUGCCGGACGGCGUCUCUCUUGAAUCAGGACCCCUGUUGCCUCCGAAGCCGCCUGAGGCUGGGUUCCUGGCGGCGUUCUGACUCUUUCGGGAAACCAAAGACACCAGACUGCACGCGCACCCGCCUCAUCUUUUCCUGUCUGACUACGACUCCAGUAACCCCGCGGCGGGGCGGAGGCAGCGAACGUAGCGGCCCGCGCGGCUCCGGCAGCGAAGCGAGCGGCCUAGUGAGGGCCUGAGGCGUGCGCGGCGCGGAUUCUAACUCCGGCGGCCGCGCUCAAGGCCGCGACGUCGACGGUGGCGAUGCUGUGGCAGCGGUUGGCUGUGGUUGAGUGGGCGUCGUUGGCCUGGGAGCUCCUCGGCGCCUCGGUGCUACUCAUCGCCGUUCGCUGGCUGGUCCGGCGACUAGAGAAGCGGCCGCAGGACCUGAGUCGUCGCGGGAUACCCUCCUCGCCGACCUGCGCGUCUGCAGCUGUGGCCACUCAGCCAGGUGAAGUGACAAUGGAUGCCAUGUUGGCACGAUUGAAACUCCUGAAUCCAGAUGACCUUAGAAAGGAAGUUAUAAAAGCUGGAUUGAAAUGUGGACCCAUUACAUCAACAACAAGAUUUAUUUUUGAGAAGAAAUUAGCUCAGGCUUUACUAGAGCAAGGUGGAUUGCUGACUUCUUCUCUUCCCAAUCACAGUGAGGUGACUGCCACUCCAUUUAUUCAGGGCACUCUAAGGACUCCUGCAUCUGUGGAAGAGAAACAAACUCAGCAGGCCAGUUUUUCUGAAGACAAAGAUUUUGGUUACAGUGUGGGCUUGAACCCUCCAGAGGAUGAAGCUGUAACAUCCAAGUCCCACCCAAUAUCCUUCAGUGCCUCUGCCAGGAAUGACAACCACCAGGCUGGAAUGACAGCUGCUAAGGAGCCACUUCUGUACUAUGGAGUGUGUCCAGUAUAUGAGGAUGGCCUUAUGAGAAAUGAAAGGAUCCAUGUUUAUGAAGAUAAAAAGGAAGCAUUGCAAGCUGUCAAAUUGAUCAAAGGGUCCCGGUUUAAAGCUUUUCCAACAAGAGAAGAUGCUGAGAAAUUUGCUAGAGGAGUAUGUGAUUAUUUCCCUUCUCCUAACAAAACUAUGUCCUCACUGUCUCCUGUGAAGGCAGUGCCACUCUUUGGCAGUGGUGGGUUAAAAGCAGAUUGUUUAUGCCUGGCUGAAUCAGAAACAGUAAAUAAAGAAAGAGCAAACAGUUAUAAAAGUCCCCGUACACAGGACCUCACUGCCAAGCUUCGGAAAGCUGUUGAGAAAGGGGAUGAAGAUACCUUUUCUGAUCUUAUCUGGAAUAAUCCCCGAUAUCUAAUUGGUUCUGGGGACAACCCAACCAUUGUACAAGAGGGAUGUAGGUACAAUAUCAUGCACGUUGCUGCCAAAGAGAAUCAGGCUUCUGUGUGCCAGAUGACACUAGAGACUCUGGAGAACCCUGAGUUUAUGCGUCUGAUGUACCCAGAUGAUAACAUGGACAUGCUACAGGAGCGCAUCCUCUACAUUGUCGACCUUUAUCUUAAUACUCCUGACAAAGUGGGCUUUGAUACACCAUUGCAUUUUGCUUGUAAAUUUGGGAAUGUGGAUGUAGUCAAUGUGCUUUCUUCACACCCUUUGAUUGUGAAAGAUUCAAAGAAUAAAUAUGGUAAAACACCCGAAGACGUAAUUUGUGAAAGAAGCAAAAACAAAUCUGUAGAACUGAAAGAAAGGAUUAGAGAAUAUUUAAUGGGUCACUACUAUGUGCCACUUCUGAGAGCAGAAGACACUUCUUCUCCUGUCAUUGGUGAGCUGUGGUCCUCAGACCAGAAAGCUGAAACCUCUAAUGCUGACCACUAUAGAAGUAGCCCCAGAGAUCCUGUGAUGACACUGAGAGCUUUCGUGGGGCCUCUCAGUCCAUCCAAGGCAGAAGAUUUUCGAAAGCUCUGGAAAACUCCACCUCGAAAGAAAGCAGGCUUCUUCCACAACAUCAGAAAGUCUGACCCAGAACGAGGCAUUGAGAGAGUGGGAAGGGAGCUAGCUCAUGAGCUGGGGUAUCCCUGGGUUGAAUACUGGGAAUUUUUGGGAUGUUUUGUUGAUCUGUCUUCCCAGGAAGGCUUGCAAAGACUAGAAGAAUACCUUAUCCGGCAGGAAAUAAGCAAAAAGGCUCAACAAGAAAUAGGAGAAAAUAAAAGCUGCCUUCAGGACGGAGCCUCAGUUUUUGGCAGUGGAAAGAAGUACAGCAAUUCCAUCUCCGUGGGAGCAUUUCUGGAUGGAGAGGAUGAUACUAGCUUGGAUGAAAUUAAAAAUCAGCAAGAUACAGCUCAAAGUCAGAAUCAACCCACAACCAAUAAAUUCCAAAACUCUGAAUGUGGUUCCCUUCCCUUGGGACAGGUGGACCCUAGAGAAUCCUCAGUUGGAUCUUGCCUCCUUAACAGCAGAAAUGGGCUUUGUAAUCCUUUGAAUCACAGGACUGCAGAUAGAAAGGGACUAGAGGCCACCAGUGGGGAAGAAUCCCUUUUACUACCUGUUUCUGCUUUGACUCUAGAGUUUGAUAAACUGAAUUUGCAGAGUCUAGGAGAUAGCCUUCUUGAGACACCAAAUAAAAAUAAGAUUCUGACUUCAAGAAAGGAUGCCGCAGAGAGUGACUCACUGGUACCCCCUCCUGCAAUCAUGAGACUUGAAAAUAACCAAAUCAGAACCAACAGUGAAGUGUCAAAGGCAAUGGCUGAAAUGUCUUUGGAUCCCAACAGCCCCCAGGUUAGGGUUCAGGAUGGUCUGGAACCUGUAUUCUCAUCUGCUAUGGGAGAUUCCACCUGGAGGCUCUUCCUUUCUGGAGAGGAGCCAUCAAAACUAGAUCGGGAUGUUUUAGCAGCUCUUGAGUGUGCCUAUAUUGACCCUAGUCUGUACCCAGCUGUCCACAGAUGGAAAAGCACCGUCCUGUGCUACUCACCCUCAGAUAGACAAAGUUGGCCAAGUCCUGCACUGAAAGGGAAGAUCACAACUGAGCUGCUGGAUCUUGGUUGCUCUCAUAGCUGCGGUUCAGGGCGAAGCAGUCCAGCUGGUAGCAGCUCCAGCAAGCCUGGUCACACCACCUCCUCCCCUGGCCUUCACAGCCCUGGGCGUUACAGUCCGGCACAUGGGAGUCACUUCCAAAGGAUGGCACACAUGGCCCGACUUGCAGCUCUGUAGAGCCAGCCAAUAUGCUCACUCCUGGGGCUCAUUUACUUGUUUUUAAAAAGAGGGGUAAUAUGUUUAUUGGUAAAAAUUCCAUGACAAAAAAAAUGUAUUCUGAGUAACUUUUUAAUCCUCUUUGAAGAUACCAGAAUGUUCGAAUAUACAAUGUUACAAGUAAAAUUAAAAUUUCUGCUAUUCUGAAAGAAAUUAAUGAAAGCAAACUCAGAUCCACAUUGUUUGAAAGUGUGGCUGUAGUAAUGAUGCAGACUUUUCAGGAGGACACUUCUGGUUUUGGAAUAGAGCAAAGAUACAAAAGCAGCUAAUAGGCAAGUGAGGUGCUUGCGCUCUAAUUGGGGCUGGCUACCUACAGUGUUAGCAGCAGGUCUGCAGUACCUGUAUGCACACCCAGUUUCUGAGAAAGAUUGUGUGUUGUCUCAUUGUUAGGGUGGUAUCAGCUUUCUGAUAUGCAAUGGCAAAAACGUGUGUUUGUCACUUAAUCCUAGUUGUCCCAACAGUGAGAAAGCAGGUGGCAGGGAAACAAAGGGUUCUUGACUAUCUCAUACUUCAGUAGCAGUGCUCAAAACAUUGCUAGAUUAAAAACUUUUCUUGUGGGGGUGAAAAAGUUAAAGCCAUUGGGAGUCUUGUCAGUAAUCAUAGAAAACUUACCAGCAAUAACUGAAAAAGCAAUUUUUAUUUCUCAGAACUUCAAUAUGCUUUUACUUAGUUGUCAGUGUAAUGAUAAUUAAGUAAUGUAGAAGUUACCUAGUCUUAAUAUUUUUCCUGAGACUUAAUUGAGCAUGAUUAUACAAGUAGAUCUCAUAUUUUAGAAUUCAUUUAAAGAGCAUUACACUACAGUUUAAAACUUGACAUUUUUAAACUGUAAACUCGGUUCAGUUGCUUAUGUUUACUUUCCUUGUCACUAGCCACAAGAGUGUAAAACCACCUUGCUGAAGUUAGUUCCUGGCUCUCUGGCACACCGGACUGCACACAGACAGUGCUCUGUAGACACUUGCUGUGUUUGAUCCCAAUCGAAAACUACACCACUGGUUUUGUCAACUUCAGUGCCUUUUAUGAGUCAUUUUUAAUUGUCCUGAAUUUAGAUUUUGAGAUUAUACAAUGCAACUAAAUGGGUAUUAAGAUUCUUUUUUGUUCAUAAAAGUUCUGGCUGGACUUAGUGGUACAUGCCUUUAAUCCCAGCACUCAGGAGGCAGACGCAGGUAGGUCUCUUGAGUUUUGAGGACAGCCAGGACUGCAGAUAGAGAUCUUACCUCAAAAAAAAAAAAAAA